GCAAACAUUGUUAGAGUAGGCCACGUGUUGAGGAUUUUCGGAUAACCAAAUUUCUGUCAAACUCUGAGUAUACGAUACCGAAGCAAACAAAUUUUAAGAAAAUUUCUACAUACGACUCUAUGACGAUGGGCGAUGAUGCUGAGCUGCAUAGCCGCUGUCCGCAUAUAACGCUGAAGAUGCAAUCGGCUGAUCGCGGCGUUGUCCUCUUUCGCAUUCGCCGUCUGAUGCCGCUGGGCAAGCUGAAGGAUGCGUAUUGCUCGCAAAUGGGCCUGGCCAAGGAUAUGGCCAUGCUGUCCUUUGACGGCGAGCAAAUCAGUGACAGUGAGACGGCCAAUUCGUUGGAGCUGGAGGAUGAAGAUAUUAUGGAUGUGCAGAUGAAGCGUCAGUCCGAAGCGGGCGAUGCUCCGGUGCGCGCAUUGGAUCUAUCGAUUUGAUAGCAAAUAUGUUUAUAAACAAACGGCAGCAGCAGCAAUAGCAACAAAUUGUUAAAAAGUCUUUUGCAAUACGAUAAUGUCAAUGAA